AUGAUUGUGGUUCCGCUUUGUGGACUGCAGACCAUUGACCAGCUGAUAGAAACUGGGGAUAGUGAACAAAUUUUUCAGAAAGCCAUUCAAGAACAAGGGCGAGGCCAGAUUUUGGACACAAUUGCUGAAAUACAAGAGCUACAUGAUGCCGUGAAGGAUAUCGAGAAGAAACUUCUGGAAUUACACCAGAUAUUUUUGGAUAUGGCCGUACUAGUUGAGGCACAGGGAGAGCUGCUCGACAAUAUCGAGACUCAGGUGUGCUGUCACAUAUCUAUUUUUUCUUCAGCUUAUCAUGCACUACAUAUGGGCCUUUGUUAUGUCAUGUUUUUGUCGCUAUUUUUGAACAGUUAG